UCAGGAAUGAGAUGGAGAGGCACUUCCUGGAGCUGCUUCAGUUCAACAUCAACGUGCCGGCCAGCGUCUACGCCAAGUACUACUUUGAUCUGCGCUCCCUGGCCGACGACAACAACCUCAACUUCCCCCUGGAGCCACUUGACAACCAGCGAGCCACUAAACUGGAGGCGAUCUCCAGACUGUGUGAGGACAGAUACAAGGAUCUGGGCAAGGUGACCAUAAGGAGGUCCCUCAGCGCAGACAAUCUGGUGGGCGUCCGAACCACCCACGCCGUGCUGUCCUAAAGCUGGACCUGCUACACACACAGGACAGGCUGAGGAUGCACCGAAGGCCUUCCUAAACUAGACACUCACUGGCACCAUCCACACACACAGCUGGUCCCAAAUCAGUAUGGUGGCAGCUCCACCACUGAUACUGACUCAUACACUCCAGGUCUGCAAGAAGGGGUUAGAGUGACUGACACCACACACUGACCAUGGUGACGAAGCCUCUAACUACCCUGUGGUGUAGUUUGGCACACGGACGGACAGAUGGGGACGUA